AUGGCUCUCACGCGUCGGCUCUGCGCUGAGAGAUGCAGAGUGUUUAAGAGGGCUGAGGUUUCUAAAGACAGGAUGGAUUCUCUGCCUCCCUCACCUGACGUGGUAGAUAUGAACCUGAAGAUAACUCGUAUAGAAUGCCAUCCUGAAUGCUUGGUCGUAGUGUUUCAGGGCCAGUGUGAGCCAGGAUGUGAGCUUGACUAUUACAUACUCCAAAACGAAAUACAGCGUGUAUUCAAAGUAAAAGAUACAGUUUGCGUUGGUGGAUCUUGUUUGGUGGAAGACAUGGAAGGAACAUGGCAUAGAGGAAGAGUUCUGGAGAAGAGACAGAGUGUUUAUGAGGCUUUUCUUAUAGACACUGGGCAAGUGCUGGUGGUUGAGGAAACGCAUCUUGCUUCUGCUUGUGCUGAGUUGUUUCAGCUGCCUCCAAAGGUAGUUUUGGGUGUUUUUGCAAGCCUGCUUCCUCUUGGAGAAAAGUGGAGUCCAAAAGCCAUCAACUAUUUCUCAUCUCUGGUAGGAUUACAGAUAAUGGGUCACGUGAAGGCUGUUCUACCAUACCAACUGUUUAUUCUAGAAGUGCCAAAGAUCCUUAGUGACGUUCUUGAACUGCGCUUAGGAAAACGUAUUGAUAUAGAUUCAUUUUGUUUUAUUGUAGAAAUGUUAAGAGUGUUUCCCCAAGAAAUGCUUUGUAAGAGAGUGCCACAAUUGUUGCAACAGAAGUAUCCGGUCAAAGAGUUGCUUACUUUCAGUAAUCUUGAGAAGCCAACAGAUUUUUGGCCAGUUCCAGAUGAUAUUUUUCCACAUCUACCUGUUGGCAGUAAAGGAAAUGUAAAAAUAACUGUUGUGUUAAGCCCAAAUAAAUUUUACUGUCAGUUACAGAAGUGGCAGAAAGAGCUGGAAGAUUUGACAGGAGCUAUGCAUUUGUACUAUGAAGCUACCAGUGCAGAAAAUAAUAAAUCUGUUGAUAAUUUAGGGCUACUGUGUGCUGCCAAAAGGCAAAAUGGACAGUGGCAUAGAGGAGUGAUAAAACAGCUUCUCUCUGACCGUGUGGAGGUCUGGUUUAUGGAUUUUGGCAAUAUUGAAGCUGUGCCAUCCAGCUGUGUGCAGAAACUGAAGGUGGAGUUCAUGGCAUUACCCAUGGUUUCAUUUCCAGGUGCGCUGUCUUGUUUUGAUAGCGGGGAUGAAACACUAAUCAAAGUGCAGCUCAAAGAACUCACGCAGGCUCUGAUAGGGCAAAGUUCUGUCUGUGUCCGUGUUGAUUUAUUCAGUGACACUAAACACUUGUAUUAUGUCACCCUGCAAAGUCAAAAGCUUGGGAUUAACGAUAAGCAUCCAGAAAACCUGAAUGAGGCAGCUGCAUUGUGUGUCUCACUUGCAGAAACAGAAAUCAAAAGUGUUGCUGUAAACUACAAACCAUGCCAUGAGAGACACGAUUCAGUUAAGAAUGAUGCUGCAAAUGAACAUACAAAACCCUGUUCCCCUGAAUUAGAUAUGUCUUCGUCAACCCACUGCAAGAGAGUGGAAAUGCAGAUGAAUUCUUGCUGUGCUGCUUUUGUGGUAUAUGUCAGAAAUCCGUCUGACUUCUGGAUUCAACCGUGUGAAUACCAGAAUGAAUUUCAAGCCCUGAUGAAAAACAUUGCAGAUACAUACGACCAAUGUGGUGCUGAUGAAAUGGCCCUUAGAAGCCCAGAACCUGGAUUGCUGUGCUGUGCUCGGUAUAGCAAAGACAUGCAUUAUUAUCGGGCUCUUGUCAUUGAAGUGCUUCCUGUGAGCAUUACUGUUUAUUUUUUGGAUUUUGGAAAUACAGAUACAGUACCCUGCUGUGAUGUGAAAGCAUUGCUUCCCGAGUUUUCUGGUUUACCAGCUUUAGCUGUGUGUUGUGCACUUGCUUGCACAUUUCCUCCUGAUGACGUGUGGACUAAAAAGGAGACAGAUUUCUUCAAAGAAAUUGUGUUUAACAAACCAGUGCUGCUUCAUGUCAUUGGAAAGCAAAACAAUAAAUAUGAUGUUAAUGUGAUGUAUGGGAAUGGUUUGCAGAAAGGAAAUGUUGCCACUUGUAUGGUUCAAGCUGGGCAUGCCGAAUACUGGGAAAAGACACCAGAUUCUGUUCUAAAUUCAUCCAAAACCAGUCAAGGUCUGAACACCCACACAUUAAAAAAAGAAAAAGCUGGCUCGCUUAAUUGGUCUGAAGAUAUGUGUAGACUUUUUGAAGACUUCAUUUCUGCUUCUGGAGGACCACUGACUUGCACCAUUUAUGCUGUUGUUCUUGCAAAGCCCAGCUGUUUAUGCAAUAUAGUUGACAUUCAGACUCCAUCUAUUAGUGCAGAGGAAUUCCUUAGAGAGCGUGGUCUCCCUCAGUCUGAAUGUAUGGAUCUGAGGAACUUUGCAUCCUUGGGUUCUCUGUACAGUUUUUGCUACUCACCUUUUAAUCUAAAAAUUGGAAAUGAGGAGGAGGUUUAUAUCACUCACAUACAUAGUCUUUCAGAAUUCUACUGUCAGCUUAAUCGAAACUCAGAAACUAUAGAGGCAUUGAUGAAGGAGAUCAGUGCCAUUAGUAAAACGUCAGAUUUUGCAAAAUAUGAUACCAGCAAUACACGAUUGUGUAUAGCCAAAUAUUUUGAAGAUGGUCUCUUUUACAGAGCUUUGACUUUUCCCGUGGAAUCGACAUCCUAUCUGUGCGCUGAUUUUGUGGAUUUUGGAAACAAGAGCAUGGUAGAGAGAGACCAGUUGAUGCCUAUUCCCGAUUCUGCCACUGACCUAAUAUUCACACCCAUGCAAGCUAUUAAAUGCUGUCUGUCAGAUCUUACGGAGACAGAAAUUCCAGCAAGUGUUACUAGAUGGUUUGAGGAAUCAUUCAGUAGUAAACUGCUGAAGGCUGUAAUUGUAUCCAGAGAAUCUGAUGGACAGAUUGUUGUGGAGUUGUAUGAUGGAGAGCUCAAAGUCAGUCAGAAAGUUAAAGAAAAAAUUGUGGAAGAAUUGGCACUGAAAAAUUAUACGGAGCAAUUUGUUGGGAGUUACAAAGGAGUGACAUGCCAUAUGGAAAGUGACAAAGAAAUGAAUAAAGUAACUGUUAAAAACUCCCCCCGUCGUCCUGCUUUAAAUCCAAAAGAAAUUACUGUAAAUGCUCUCUCUGAAUCUCAUAAUGGAAGACGAAAUUAUACAGGCCAUCGGGAAAAGAGUAAGAAAAAUAUACCUAAAUUAAUAAGUCUUCCUCAACGUGGUUUUCAGGUGGAUUCUGAAGUAGCAGGGUAUAUUUCGCAUGUGAAUAGUCCAUCGAGUUUUUUUGUUCAGCUUGCAGAGGAUAAAAACUUAAUAAUACAACUAGCAAAAGACUUAAAAGAAAGCGUGAUGAAUAUAGGUGAAAAUUGCUUAAACAAGCUCACGAUAGGGGAUCUCAUUGUUGCAGAGCAUGACACUUACUGUUUUUACUGCAGAGCAGUUAUUAAAACUCUGAAAUCAAGACACUCCUUUGAGGUGGAGUUCAUUGACUAUGGUAAUACAGCAGUUGUAAGUCCUUCAAAAGUCUGCAGAAUUGAGAAGAAGUUCUUAACUUUGCCAAGGCUCAGUGUUCACUGUUCCCUUAGAGUAAAACCUGUUCCUGAUGGAAGCUGGACUAGUGAAAUUACUUCCUAUUUCUUAAGCAAAAUAAAUAACAAGCCAGUCACUUGCAAGUUCUUAAAGCAACGUGGAGAGCAAUGGGAAAUAGAUGUCAUUUGUGAUGGGAAGUCUAUGUCUCGCGACCUGCUGCAGAAAAAAGGCAGGACUAAGUGGCAAAAUGCACCGGCGCAUCAUCGGGCACGUAGGUCCAAACAGGUUCUGGUUACAACUGGUAGUCUUCAGGACAGAAAGUCUAGCAAUUGUUUAGGAGGUUGGAGGAAAACUAAGGCUGUUAGGAUGAAAAAUAUUCCCAAAACACCCUUAAAAGUCUUUCCUCAAGAUCUAAUUUCUGGACAGGUGGAAGGAGCAAAAGUAACUAGUAUUUCAGAGUCUGGAGAACUUCAUGUGCAGUUAUUUAGAAAUUUGGAAUUCUUACAUGAGUUAGAUGCAGUGCUUGUCAAAGAAGCACAAAGAAGUGAUUUGCUUACAGUGGAUGACAUUGAAGCAGGAUUGGUAUGCAUGACAAAAUCUGAAAAUAACUUGAGGUGGUAUCGAUCAGAAGUGAUAAAGAAAUUUGUCAAGGAGAAGUUAGUGCUAGUUUUUUUCAUGGACUAUGGCAACUGUGAGAUGGUGUCCGUAAGUAAUGUGAAGAUGCUCAGUGAUGAGAUGAAAAGUAUUCCUAAACAAGCUGUGCUUUGUAAAUGGGUUUGGCUUAAAAAGCUGAACAAAUUAGAAUUUGUCCAUGUAAUAAAUGCACUCCUGGUUUAUGAAAUAAGGAUCGUGUUUUUGAGAUACUUGGAAUGCUCUCGUAUGUGGGAAGUGGAUAUUUUAAUAGGGGAAGUCCUGCUCCUGGAGCAUUUGAACAAGAUCUUAAGUCAUUAUCAGACUGCUGUUGGACGAGAAAAAGCCAGUAAUACAGACUGUAAGGAGCUUGAUACAUCUUUCAGGAUAAAUUCAAUGACAUGGACAUUGCUGCACAGUGGUAGAAGCUAUCCUGGAUUUGCCACUGCAGUUACUGAUCCUUCAAACUUCUGCGUCCAGUUUGAAGUCUUCUUUAAUUGCAUGGAGAAGUUGGCUUUGCUGCUCUCUGGCCUCCCUGACAACUUGCCAGCUUUGCCAGAAGAACUUGUGGCUCCUGGUACUAACUGCUUGGUCAAGUUUGAAUGUGAAGCACAGUGGAACAGGGCAGAAAUUAGUGAAGUGACAAGUCAGUCUGUUGUUCUUACGAUUAUUGAUUAUGGCUUUCUGAAGAGCAUCCCUUAUUCCGAUAUCCAUAAGCUUAAAGUUGUUCCAGAAAGUCUGUCUUACUUACCACGCUUGGCAUACUCUUGCUCUUUACAUGAAGUAGUUCCUUCCAGGGGGGAGUGCUGGAGUGAUGAAGCUAAACUGCUGUUUCACGAGCUUCUUAAUAAACCAGACCUGGUGUUCCAUUUUAAGCACUAUGGCUCUGAAAUGAAAUUGGAGGUGGAUGUUCUGCACAAGAAGUCCAAUCUGGCUCAUACCUUAAUUUCUGCUGGCCAUGCAGUCUACUCUAAAGCUAGGUGCUGCCUUAUUCCAGUUGACCAAAUUAAGGUAUAA